AGCACUGGAGGACUGGUGCGACCACAGCGACGCGCAACAGACCCACACACACACACACACACACGCGUUACUGGACCGUACAGCGCGCAGGAGCAACUUUGACUCGCAUCAUUUUACGCAUGGCUCCGGCUUUGCGCAAAAGCGCGGCUGUGACGACGUCCUGGGAGAAACUGGUGGGAUUCUAAGUACAAUUCUGAGACAGCAACAAGCUGAGUAGACGCUCUGAGGAUUUUUUGUUUUAGUUGUUCAGAGAUUAUCGCCCCUGUGCCAAUAAUGAUCUCCACAUGCAGAACAGGAUACCCUCCUCUGGUAGUGUAAUUGCGCAGCUGUAGUUGCAGAUCCGACGCGUAACCUGACUUCUCGUUUCACACAGAGAUGCAUCUGUGGGGAGUUUAUCUGUUCCAUCUCAUAACUUUGGCCCUGUUGGAGGUUAUACUGGCCGGCAGAGACUGCUUGGUGUCCGGGGACUCGUGCUCGAGCGACGAGGCGUGUAGUCCACGUCUGCGGACUUUGCGUCAGUGUGUGGCGGGCAACGGCAACAUGAAGCUGGGCCCUGGUGCCAAAAGCCAGUGUGCCAACGCCGUGUCCGCCCUGAUGUCCAGCCCCUUACAUGGCUGCCAGUGCAAGCGAGGCAUGAAGAAAGAGAAGAACUGCCUGAGCAUCUACUGGAGCCUUCAUCAGGCCAUCAUACACGGACUCAACCUGGUGGAGCGUUACCCCUACGAGACGGUGCAGAGGGAUUACGACUACGUCCGCUUGGCCUCUAUUUCAGCCGACUCGGAUGUUGGCAUGACAACUGUGAAUCGCUGCCUCGAUGCAGCCAAGGCGUGCAACGUGGACGACUUGUGCCAGAAGCUCCGCACAGAAUACGUCUCGGCUUGUAUCAAACCCACGGCCAAGUCGGGUCUGUGCAACCGGCCCAAAUGCAACAAGGCUCUGCGGAGGUUCUUUGACCGCGUCCCCGCUGAUUACACGCACGAGCUGCUCUUCUGCCCCUGCACGGACACAGCCUGCUCAGAGCGUCGGAGGCAGACCAUCGUGCCCAGCUGCUCUUUCGAAAGCCCGGAGAAACCCAACUGCCUCACACAGAUGAGGAUCUGCAAAGCUGACUACGUCUGCAGGUCUCGUCUGGCACAGUUUCUGUACGACUGCGAAUCCUCCGAAACGUCCGCCAACGGCUGCAAUCAGGGAAACUACGGGGCAUGUCUCCUCGCCUACACUGGGCUCAUAGGAAGCACGAUAACUCCCAACUAUGUUGACAACUCCACGUCCAGCGUGGCUCCAUGGUGCUCCUGCUCAGCCAGCGGGAGCCAGAGGGACGAGUGCGAUGCUUUCCUGGGAUCCUUCACCGACAACAUCUGUCUCCGGAACGCUCUCGUGACGUUUGGAAGCGAGUCAGAGCAGCAGCCGACUCUCAGCCAGCCCAGCGCCCCCAGCCCCGGCCUCAGCAGCACAGAGAACAGGAGCACCACUUCUCCGCCACAGACCGUAGAGACUGUGAGGAACCUUCUGGACACAAUCAUCCCCACACAGGCCCUGGGAAAUGAACUGCUGGUGGGCCAGGCCACCCUUUCACCCAACAGCCUCCCAAACUCUGCGUCACCUCCCCGCCUAAUGCUCCAAGCUGCCUUCAUCCCUCUGUUGCUCCUUCAUCUUCUAAACAAUGGACUCUAAAGACUGCGGGGGGGGGGGGAAGGUCAGAGGACCCUGCUAACACCAAGGAGAUGGGAGGACCAGUGCAGUUGAGAGGAAAAUGGACCAUGUGCUGUUCCUCCUGCCUAAAUAUGUACAGCAGUUCUUGUUUUCUCUAAUUUUGUGUCUCAGUGGUCCAGGUCCGCCCGCUCGGGUUCUCACUCACGAGAGCGUGAGAUCAAAGCCAGUCUGUACAUUUGUACAUUGUCAUUGCGAUCAAGUCGAGGCCAAAACGAAGCCCCGAGUACCGCUUUUGUGGACUAACCCAGCUCACAGCUAUACCACAACUGUAUCCAUUUUCCAGAGUUAUAUAUGAAAAAACAUAAAGCAGAUAUGUGUGAUACAAAGACAUGGAGUAGGCCAGUAACCGUGUAGAUUUUGUAUUAUCAGCAGAAGCUCUUAUACUGCAACAGAAAAUGGGGUUUACCGGUGGAUUCUGUGUGCGAGCUCGACCUCGGCGCACGGUGAUUAGGGAGCUGCUGGUGUAUACGGGGGCUUUAACGCCACUCUCCUCAAGCAACUGAGAGAGGACCAUUAUUUCUGAUCAAUACUGGGAUAGUGGAGUGAAGGAGAGACAAUGGAGAGACAUUUUGCCACAGACAUCCCAGACAAAGCCCUGAUUCUAAAAUGUCCAGCAGCGCCGUCUAGAAGAGAUGCGGCAAACCGGAGUGUCUAAGAUCCACCCUGACAAAAUAAUCGUCCUCUCCAUCAAACUGUUCUGCCCUUUGUCAAACUCUCUCACAUCACCUUGUUUGUUAUUGCUAAAGCUGCAGCAGCUAUUCAGAAAACACAAGUCCUUGGUCUUCAUCAGCAAAGUGGUUGAGCCUGAAAGGAAAUAAUCAGAAAAGCAGCAACUCUUUACCUGCAGCUGCUUUACUAUGUGGUUUGUGAACGUAACACACUUUUAUUUCUCACUGUGUAUAUGAACAUUGUUAAAUGAGGCUCUGAGUUCUGGUCCCAGAGAGGAACGGGAAUGGUCUGAUGCCACAACCAGUCCAGAGCCUGUGCGAGAUCAAACCAUUAUGAGUGAUUCAGAAUCGUCUGUUCUGGGAACAUGCCAGUGAAUUCUGAACAGGACCAGAGGUGCUGCAAAUAAAUGUUCUCGGAUCAUUAUGUUUACUCAUUUGCAUCAUUGUUUUUUGUUUUAAAGGACAAAUGCUUCGGUUGGUUCUGUUGAAGCGAACACUUAGUUUCUACUUAUGAGGAGAUCGAAGCAACACAAAUUCUAAACUCACACGACCUCCAGUGGUCCUCUCGAGUGUAUUAUUUUAAAUGAGAAUAUAACGGGAUUUACAGAAUAACAAAUUGUGACCUCAAGCCAGCUUCUUCACUUCAGUGUUGUACUUAUACUGUAUAUAUCUUGUAUUUUUCUUGAAUUUAAGGCCCAAAUUUCCACCAUAAAGACAUUACGACAUGCUACCAUA